UCCGAAGCUCUCGCUCGUCCUCCGAACCUCAGCCUUUGCCUACCAAACGCCUAUAAACGGCCCAGAUUUCAUCUCUCUCUCUCUCUCUCUCUCCCUCUCGAAAUUUACACUGUUCUCGUUCUUUGAAACGCAAACACACUCUCUCUCUCUAUCUCUUGUUGCGUGGCGGAGAUCCAUGGCGGACCAUGAGGACGAGCAUGAAACGCUGGUGGAGAAGAUCCUGGAGAAGAUCCACGACCACGAUGACUCAUCUUCGUCGUCGUCCUCCGACUCUGACGAUGGCAAGUCGAAGUCCUUCGACUCUGCCAAAUCAAAGAUUUUUAGACUCUUCGGCCGUGAAAAGCCCCUCCACAAAGUUCUUGGCGGUGGAAAAUCUGCUGAUGUUUUCCUAUGGAGGAACAAGAAAAUCUCUGCAGGUGCGCUUGGUGGUGCCACAGCAUUGUGGGUUCUCUUUGAGUUGCUUGGAUACCACUUAGUCACUCUGGUCUGCCACAUACUAAUAGUCUCUCUGGCUAUCCUUUUCCUGUGGUCUAAUGCAUGUACAUUUAUAAACAAGUCUCCACCACGCAUUCCAGAACUUCGACUUCCUGAGAAUUGUGUCCUUGAGGUUGUAUCCACAGUGAGAAUUGAAAUCAAUUUUGCCUUGGCUGUAUUGCGGGAUAUUGCAUCUGGGAGAGACUUGAAGGAGUUUCUUGGUGUUAUUGCUGGCUUGUGGGUUCUGUCACUUGUUGGGAAAUGGUUCAACUUCCUGACCUUGUUCUACAUAGCCUUUGUCUUACUGCACACACUACCUGUGCUUUAUGAGAAAUAUGAAGACCAUGUUGAUUCAUUUGCUGAGAAGGCAACGGUUGAGAUCAAGAAGCAGUAUGUGGUGUUUGAUGCAAAGGUUUUAAGCAAAAUUCCAAGAGGACCAUUGAAAGACAACAAGAAGGAUUAGAGACAUAAUGAUAGUUUCUCAGUAGGCUUAAGUUUGAGAUUUGGCAACUGUGUUGUCAAGAUGGAGGUCCGACUCUUUAUCUACAAGAGUUGGUGUUUCUAUUUUAUUGUUGUGCUUCACACAGACACAGUUUAAAUGAAUAUGGUAUUGAGUAAGAUUUGUCUUGAGUUUUUAGAUCUUGCUAGUUGGACUUCCGUUAGACGGAUGAUUAAGCUGGAUAAAUAAUGUCCACUGUUCCUUGCAAUGUUGUAGUUGUGUUCUAAUGAGUAAUAUUCAACUCUUAACCA